AUGAAAAAGUCAAAAACGUCAAACGUUAUUUCGACCAUAUCUCAGAAACAACUGAAGGACAUUCAAGGAUAUUUCUCACGCCAAAAUGGAAUUAGACAGGGAAUACAUGAAAAUGGGACUGCCUUGGGAUCAUUGGCGUUAAAGUCAAAACCCUCAGAUAAUAAAGCCAUUGUAGAUUCCGUCUUAAGGGAUGUCAUCGACCGUGAUAAGCUUCCGGAAUCAUCCUUGGUAAAAGUUCUCACUUCAGUAUAUCUAGACGCUAAAUCAAAGCUUGGAGCCAAUGUGUCACAGGAUACAACACAGCAGGUAUGUAAAUACUUUUUUCUCAUUUCAAGAGCUUGGUUUGCAUCUCCCAGAAUGCUCCUAAAAGUCCUUUAG